CAGUCUCAAAUCAGUCCGGUAUAGAUUUGUGCGCGAGAUUUGCAAUGUAAUCACCUCACACUUGCAGUUGCAAAUCGUUCUCUUUUUAAAAAUAAGUGCUUCAAAAUUAUUUCGGCUAGGGAAUUAUUUGAGGGGAAGAAAUUGACUAUUCCGCUGGAAAAUUUGACACGUUCUUAUUAAAGGCGAGAUCAUCAACUUAGCCAAUUCCGAGUUCCGGUCGUGCAUAUAGGAUUCCGGAUAAUUUUAGAAGCGGAAGAACAGUUCAGCCUUAAAAGUGGAGGCAUAUCUGGCCCGUAAGAAGCACUGGUUGGAAACAUUUUCCCGAGCGAGGGUCACAGGUCGGCUGAAAUUUAAGAGGACGAAAAGUACCAAGAAUUUAGAAGCGCUAAAUCGUCAAGCAGAAAUUGCUGAUCCUCACGCCGACCAUCAUCAUCACGAUAUGCGAGAUGAUGUCACUUGUGGAAAUCAGUUCAGAGAAUAUUGCGCCGUUACCACGCUACACGGAUGGAAAUAUCUUUCUGAGAGGAAAAGAAGUAAACCGGAACAGAUUUUCUGGCUGGCCUGGUGUCUCUUCGGUCUUGGGGCUGCUGGAUAUCUAAUGUCGAAAAUUUGGACGAAAUGGGAGCGCAGUCCUAUCAUUACGUCCGUCGCUACGACUAAUCAUCCAGUUUCCAGCAUCAUUUUCCCUGCAGUUACUAUUUGCACUGUAAAUAAAGCCGCCACUGAAAAACUAAUCAUUCAGGGGUGUCGCUACAAUUUCACUCUGGGUCAAAUGCGUACCAUAAUUUCCGUCCUGGUCGACCCCGACGCGAGAAACAAUGAUCACAUCAACGUGGACAAGAAUUUCGUAAAACCGGAAACUGCCUUAAAAUACUUGAGACUCGUGGCACCCAAAUGUGACGACUACUUGUUAAGUUGCCGAUGGAACAAUGCACCUGCCCAAUGCACGCAAAUGUUUCGUCUGGUGCUAACUGACAGCGGGUAUUGCUGCACUUUUAACGCUGUUGAGACAAAGAAACAAAGAAAGGAUUCGAAACACGACCUCCAAAUAUCCGGAUUUUUUUGGAGUUCACCCACUUUCACUUUGACUACAAACGGGAAACACGACCUAAAAAAACGAUUUAUUUUAUAUUUCACCUGCAUACUUUCAUUUUCACUACUUUCUCCUCAUCUCAAAACCCGAGAAAUCCGAUUUUUGCAUUUCACCAGUUUUCUCUCUCUCUACUUUCUCUCUUAAAACGGGAAACGACCUUCAAAAAUCCGACUUCUGUUUUUUAACAUAUUUCAUUUACAUACACAUAUAUGUAUUUCCUUUCGCUAUAUUUUGAAUUUUCGACUUUCUCUCCCCCCAAAAACAGGAAACACGACCUAGAAGUCAUGAUUCAAGAAAAGGAGUACGAAUACCUACAACGUGCCGUGUGGGAAUAUACGGACACGUUUCGAAGCAAAAAUUCUGGCGGUGGUGGUGGAAGUAGCGGCGGCGGAAAUAAGGGCAAAGGCGACGGGAUGGACGACACGGAAACCGGGUCAACUACGGCGGACAAUUUUAACUGUGCUCGAAUCUAUGAUGACGACCUUUUCCCAGGAAUUUGCCAAUACUUGCAGAGAUGCCGGGACAGUGGGAAGUGUCGGGAAAGGAACAGAAUUAAGACGAAUGCAUCCUCAUCGAAGCCGAUCGGAUCGGGCGGGGCGACCCAGACUUUUAAUUUCUUCGCGGAACAAUUCCCCCUUAAAGUUGCGGGUGCGGGAAGAUCGAGGGGGUUACAGUUGAUGAUUGAUUCGCUAAGAUGCGACUCUAUUCCAACUGACUCCUUUAAAGGAUUAAGGGUAUUCGUCCACAAUGCCGACGAUUUCCCUGCCGUUGCAGAACGUGGUUACAUCGUGGGUCCCGGACUGGAAACGCAAAUCGGUGUGACCGCAGUUGACACUUAUUCUGGCGAUGUACUCCGCGGUUUCUCUGCUAAAACGAGAGGCUGCUUUUUCCCAGAUGAAUUUCCUCUAAAAUUUUACAAGGAGUAUUCCAGAUCUGCCUGCAUUGUGGAGUGUGAGACAGAAUUUGUUUUUCAGGAAUGUCAAUGUGUCACAUACUUUUCACCAGGAAAUUAUAGUGUCUGCACGCUAAAAAAGUUUCAAGAAUGUGUCAAAAAAGCUUUAGACGCCAUCCAGAAGAAAAAUUUGCCAACUGCAGCAUUUGAGCUUAGCCCAGAAAGUACAAUGUUCAACUUUAAAUCGAAGAAGGACAGAGAACAGGACAAAUCCUGUGCGCAAUUUUGUUUACCAUCUUGCAAUGAAACGUUCUACAAUGUCUUUGUAACUGCGGCCGACUUUCCCAACCAACCUUUAGCCAAUCAGACUAAAAUGUUGAGGGAAGCGAUUGUUGAAGGUGGCCUGACACAUUUGAAUGAUAUCAGCUAUGUCAGUGGUAGCAUCAGUGUACUCCGCAUUUUCUUUAGGGAGUCUUCAAUCAUGCAGUAUAAACGUGACGAACUAUUCACAUGGGAAGAUUUCGUCUCUGCACUUGGAGGCGUAAUGAGCUUGUGUAUGGGGUUCAGUAUCAUCAGUCUGGUAGAAGCCGUUUACUUCUUCACAUUCCGAAUGCACAUGGACAAGAAGAAAAUGACAGAAAUUAAAACAGUGGCAGAAUUUGUUAAAUAGA